GCGAUGGAAAAUUUUGUCAAUAUGCAACACUAACCUUAUCGUCGGCUCAGCUGAAUGUUUUAAUAUAUUAUCGUGAGGUUGUGAAUGCGUAGUUAUUUUGUGUUUAUUUUUAACCCAACACAAAUUUUUAGACAAAAUGGCAACAGGUGUACAACCUCGUGACGAGGAAAUCCAAUUUACCCGGUCUGAUCUUGAAAAUAUUCAAGACGCCAUGAACAAUAAGAAAUUUCGAGAAAUGCUAGCGGAGUACGCUGAAGAAGUACGUGACCCGGCGAAUCAAGCACUUUACCAGAAGGAGAUGACCCAGCUAGAGAAAGAGCGUGGUUAUGACGUAACCUUUAUCAAUCCGAAGGGCGGGUAUGUUAUCAAAACAAGCGUCGCUGGCGACCGGAAAGCGUUCGUUAAUAUUUGUAGCAACGACAAUGUCGGCAAACCGUCCUGCAGCGUUCAAGAGGUUGAUAACCAGAGAGGUAUGAAUUGGCAAAUACCAUACACUAUAAUCCCUCCCAGAGAAGAUUAUGAUCACAAAAAACAGAGAUGUGUCAUUUACGAUGUAGUUUUCCACCCUGACACAUUGCGCAUGGCAGAAGUUAACAAAAGGUUCCGUGAAUUAGUCAACAAGACUGCAUUGGAUGGCUUGAUGAAAACAUACAAUAUUCACCUAGACAACAACAAUUUACGUUUUCCUAAGUCUUCAUAUAAGGGGAUGACUACUCCAGCUAUUAUUCGGAAAGAGGAUCCAGAUUUCAAGGGUAUUCCCUUAGACGAUGAAGAGGGAGGAGAACCUUUAUCUCCUGAAGUAUUGGAGAAGUUAUAUCCACAACGCACUUUCCCAGCAGCAUCUAAAUCAGAAGAGAUUAAAAGUGUCAGUAAGUCUAAACCUAAAGCUAAAUCUAAAAAAGAAUUUACUCAUGAAACUAUCAAUGGAUACACUAUACCCAAGUACAUUAUUAAACAACAGAAGAAUGUUGACAUGCAAGAUUUCACUUAUGACAAAAACAGUAAACAGUACACUGCUAUACCCAGUCAAAUAGUGGUUGAAAUCAAUCUUCCUCUACUAUCCUCUACUAAAGAAUGUAUUUUAGAUGUUAAGGAAAAGUCACUUAGUUUGUCUUGUGAAAAGCCAGCUAAGUACAGACUUGCUAUAACUCUUCCAUAUGCAGUUAAUGAUGAGAAUGGAAGUGCUAAGUUUGAUAAAACAAAGCACAUGCUUAUCGUCACAUUACCGGUAAUCAGAGAAAAUAUAAAGAAAGAUAGUAGUAAAGCAGACAGUGGAGUAGAAAGUGAAGAAAAUUCAAGUUCUCAAAGUGAUGACGAUCAGAGAGAUAACUUAGUAGAAGAAUUGUCAUCUACUGUUGCAGAGACUGCUAUUAGCCCUCCUACUCAACAAAUAGAACAUGAAUCAUCUGCAGAAGCAUUCUUAGGCCCUUCCUACAGAUACAUUUUACCAUCAUACACACAUAAUGUACUUGAUGAUAUUGUUGCAUUUACUUUCCAUGUUAAAAACACUGAGCCAGACUCUGUUAGAGUGAAGAGUGAAGACAAUAAGGUUUACAUCAAAUUUACUACAGUAGGGUCAGGAUUUGUACCAGUUAAUUAUGCAGCACUUAUAGUAUUUGAUGAGGGAAUUAGAUUUGAGAGUGCUACUGGAGAACCAUGGGAUAACAAUGUUAUUCUACAAUUAGAAGUGUCUGGCAACCUGCCUGAAAAAUUCCAAAUCGGUUUAAGUGAUGCUUCUCUAACUAGUGAGUACUUUGACAUGUCCCAAGUGAAAAAGUGUUCCAGUGACCAAUCAGCUUUAAGUCAGAAACUGCCUCAAGAUGAGAUUUCUUUACCUGUUGUUGAAGUAACCAAUUUGGGCUCCGAGACGAACAUAGUAGUGUCCUCAAAUAUUGAUAAUGAGGACAGUGAUGACAUUGAAUCUCCCACAUCUCCUAAAGAGAAAGAAAUUGUGUGGGUGGACUCGGGAAUGAAUGACAUUGGAGCCAAGAGUAUACUGAGGAAACCUAUGCACAUUAUGAGAAGCUUUUCAGAGUCUAGUGUGGGAGAUGUUGCUUCUUCAAUGGAUUAUGUUAGCUCUGACUGUAUUCCUGAAGAAUCCAGCUUAAAAAAGACUGUUAGGUUCAAUGAUGUCAUUGCAAAACAAUUUUAUAGAUAUAAUUCAUCUAUUGAAGGGCAGAAGAAAAAGAAUCAAAGGAAAAAGAGUAAAAAACGUACUCAAGACAGGCGCAAGAGUGAAAGUGAGGCAGAAGAUGAUUUCAACAACUCAACUCAGAUCCCAAAAUCGAAACCGAAGUCAGCUCUAAAACAGCGGCGUGACAGCGGUCUAGCAGACACUUCUGAUGUUGAAAGUGAAUGCAGAGGCACUCCAACUGACAGAGACGUCCCCAGCGAACGGAAAGAUGAUGGCAUUGACACCGACGCGUCGGAGGGGAGCACCCCUUCAUCUGUAUUUGACAUUUACAACAAUAACAACUCGAGGAAAUCGGAACCCGUUAUAUGGAAAUCUAAAGAUGAAGAGAACAAGUCAAAAUCAGAGAAAGCAAAAGCGUCUGAACCCAAAACCUGUGAUAUUAAACAUAACACUAAUCUCUAUGAUCCAGAUAAACUGAACAAAGGCCAGUACCAAGAAGUAAUGUUCAAAAACGAUCUCAUAUUUGAUUUGGACAUGUGAGUGCUGUCAUUUCUAUGUAUCUCUUAGGGAUUCACACACUGAAUGCUAUACAAAUGUCUGAUGUCCCAGUUUCAUUUUAUUAAUUUAGUCUUCAUAGUAUUUUAGAUAUUAAUUUGGAAUUAGUCCCAGUUUUAAUUUAGUUCCUAUCUUAUUGCGUGUAGCUGUUUUAAUUGUUUUUUGAGUUUGCUAAGUUUAUGGCAAUGGUUCACAAUAACAUCCGAAUAUGGUCAAUUACAAAAACUUUGAAUAGAAAAAUAUAAGCUAUAAAGUUUCGUAUAUUAUAAUGAUUAUGUAAUGUAUUCUAAAUAUAGUACAAAAUGUUACAGUUUGUACGUGUAUUAAGCAUUUAUAAGGCAGAAGGAAUAUAUUUCCCACCUGAUUUUGGACUUUAUUUUAAAGUGAUAGGUUUCAGUUUUGCAUAAUUCCUGUCACCCUUAUUGCCUUAUAAAGGGUUAAUAAAUAAAUAUUCAAAACUAAUUGUAAAAGGCAAUAAUUAACUUUACAACAUUACUAUUUUUGUUGCAUUUGUAUGAUAGUGGCAUACUAGAAACCUACAGGAACCACUUAUGAGUUAGAAUGGGAUGGAUUAAUGUGGCCUUGAUAGAUGUUUGUUGUUUGCCACUUUCAUGCAAACACAGCAUUAAAUAAAAUGACAUCUAGUGAUCUAGCUUUAUGAAAAUAUUUUCGGAUAAUUUUCAUUGUGCUCAUAUAGACAAUAUUUAAAUAUUGGGUAGUUGAAAUGCAUUUAAAUGGUACAAAAUAGAGUUACUGGUAUUAUUGGCUAAGAUUUAAUUGAAAUAACAAUGUCCUGUAGCUUAAGUUUUAGAUAUAACGCACAGUGAUGGUAGAAUGAAUAGGAGUGAAUGCAAAGCAGGCAAAUAUAGCACUAAACCGCUUUUUUGGCAGUUGUAUAGAUUGUCUUGUGCAUAAAUAUAUUAGCUACUCAAGACUAUUAUGAUAUAUUAUAACAAGUUGACAUUAUCAGCAAGAAGAUUAAAAUUGAAGUAACAGUUUGUGUAUACAUAGUUAGUGUCAUCCACUAUGACGCGCAGAUUUGUCAAAUCUAACAUUUAAUUAGUUAAUAACAUGACAAUAUGAGUCAAGGCACGCGUCGUUGUAAAUGAUACGAUCUAUAAUGGUUCUAGUAAAAAAUUAACUUGUUUUAAUAACUGCCCAGUGUUCCAACUGUUGCAUUGUUAAUAAAUUUUUAACAGAGAUUAGCUACUAAACACAAAAAAUAGCAAUAUGUAUAAAUAUGGAAAAUUUUGUUGCCUCUGAGCAAAGGAAUGCAUCUUAAUUAUUAUUAGUAAAGUCUGCAGAGACUUCAGACCCCCCACUGCCUAAAUGUGUAUAAUAUCCAAGAUAUUCCUGCAGCUGACUCUACUUGUUUCUGGACUAUUUUAUGAUGACAGUAAUCUGGAACUUGGUUACACAUUUUGGUUUUCAUCUUGACUUUAUCACAAAGUAGCUUAUAAUUACAAUAAUAAUGUAACAUCGACACCCAGUUAGAUAAAAAAAGUUACUUACAAAACAAUGCGUUGCUAGAUUUUGUACGCUUAACAAUAUUAACCAGUAUAAUUUUAUUUUCUUAGUGCAAGUUGUACUGUAUACUGCUGUGCGGCGCUUAGCUAUGUGCAGAAAAUUUGAAAAUAAUUAUACACAAUAUAUACACUCUUUAUUGCACAACCUCAAAAUAACUAUCGCAAAGAGGCACGCAUAAUUCAUAAAGACAGAGAUAACAAUAGGCGGUCUUUUCGCUACAUAGCGAUCUCUUCCGGACAACCUAUGUCAAAAAAAAGUUAUUAAUGUAAUUUUACUCAUUGGGCAACGCACUUUCGAUAUCAGUUUGAAGUUUUCUAAUAUCUGUUAUAUUUACGGAAUAAUCGCCUAGCUACACUUAACGAUUACACUCUGUAUUAGCCUGUUGUUACACAAUAGGGUGUACAGUAGAACAAGUUUUCGAACUACUUGGUGUGGUUGGUUGUCCCUCUUAAAAUCUUGGUUUUAAUUUAUUUCAAUUAAUCAAGCAUGCAUUUGUAAUUAUUAAGUUUAUCAUUAUGCGCCAGCUAUUAAAACCAAGUUGGUAGGACGUGUUUUAACUUUUUUUUUUAAACUGAUUUAAGUACUAGGCUUAGUAUGAGUGCGCCGCGACAGUAUCUCACGCGCUAGAUACCCUACCAAAUAUCAAAUAUCAAACAUUUAUUCAGCAAAUAGGCCACAGGGGCACUUUUACAUGUCCAUUUUUACAAACAAUAAAUAAAUAAAAAAAAAACAAUUACAAAUAUCGAUUCUAUGAAAUAAUAAAUACUUUAUUAGAGAUGUAUACUGUCUCUAAAUGUCAAAUUACACAAAAAAAAACUAUGAUAAAAAAAUAAAACCAUAAAAUACUAAAAUUCUUUAGAGAUGUAUAAGUCUCUAAGUGUCAGAGAUAAAAUAUAAAAAAUAUAUUAAAUUAUCCUUAGAGAUGUAGAGGGUCGCCAAGGCUUGAAUUCUUAUAUAAAUAAUUAAAAGACAAAAAAAUUAAAACAGACAAGAACCGAAUGAAGUGUCUCACGUUAAUGUCACUCAAUGUCACCCGUCUUUAUUGGUAUUAUGUACCUAUAACUCUGUAUCUUUAGGUAUUUAAAUAAAAGUAAAUACAAUUACCCUCAAAUGGCUCCUUAAGCCAGUUGAGGGUAAAUGAAAGCAGUACAUGAUUAAAUAAUCUAGGUUAAAUUCCGGUCGUUCAGUCACUGAUUCAGGCGGUUUUGUAUUUGGUUGGUUAACCAAUAAAUGUUAUAACUACCCGAAAAUCAAAAAAAAUUGUUUACUUUUAUUUAAAUACCUAAAGAUACGGAGUUAUAACUAGCGACCCGCCCGGCUUACACAAAACCUUAACAAAUUAUACACCUAAACCUUCCUCAAGAGAAACAUUGAAAGUCGAAAACCGCAUGAAAAUCCGUUCAGUAGUUUUCGAGUUUAUCGCGAACAUACAGACAGACAGAUGCGGUGGGGGACUUUGUUUUAUAAGAUAAGCUAGAACUGUCGCGCCGCAGCCGCUCUCAAGCUAAGCCUACUGUAUUCUGGUUGAAGGAUAGAAUUAACAAAAAUAUACAUACAGUUAAUCGACCCAGUUACUAGAUACGUGGAUAUGCUAGGCGCGGCUGUGUAGAAAUGUUUUGUGCCUUUUCUGUCACUGGCCACGCAAGUUACAGACCAGCUGUUGUCAUAAACUGGCACAUUUCAGUGAAUGUGUAAAUGUGUAUCGAUAGAAAUGAAAUGAUCAUGAAGUUAUUGUUUUCUGUAGUUUAUUAAUCGCUAUGGAUUGAUUUUUAUGAUUAGGUACUUAGGUAUAUUAAUUAUGAUGUAAUUUGGAAUAAAAUGUCACCAAAAUAA